GAUCCUGGCAGCCUCCUCCUCUCUGCUCCUCACCCACAAAAACAUCUGCAGCAAUGGAUGGAGCCUGGGUCUACCUGGUGACAGGAGGAUGUGGGUUUGUGGGGGAGAGGAUCGUAGAGCUCCUGUCUCAACAAGACUACAUCAAAGAAGUCAGAGUUUUUGAUUCAGUAGCAAGAGAAGAAGUAGAAAAACUCAGCACAGCCCCCACUCGUGUGACGGUGAUGAGAGGAGACAUCCGCGACGCCGGCGCGCUGCUGGCUGCCAUGAGGGGGGUGCACGUGGUGCUCCACACGGCUGCCGUGGUGGACUACAGGGACACGGUGCCCUUCGGGGAGAUGAGCGCUGUCAACGUCGGGGGAACUGAAAACGUGGUCAGGGCCUGUUGUGACCUGAGCAUCCCAUACCUGCUGUACACCAGCUCCGUCGCUGCCGUGGGCCCCAACACCUCCUGUGAGCCCCUGCUCAGAGGAAAUGAGGACACUCAGUACCGUGGGGAAGUGGAGCUGCCCUACGGGAAGACAAAAGCCAUGGCAGAAAAAAUUGUGCUUGAAGCCAAUGGAAAAAAGCUGAGCAAUGGUGGCACACUCAGAACCUGCAUCCUCCGUGCCAACACGGUGUAUGGGGAGAAGGCAGGGUUCCUGCAGGAGCUGUACUCGCUUGCCAGAGCCAGGAGUGGUGUUCUGAACUACCUGGAGCCUGAGGACUCCGAGCGCAAUCACACCUACGUGGGGAACGUGGCAUGGAUGCAUGUCCUGGCAGCAAGGCACCUGCAGCUGAAGGCAGACCUGCUGGCAGGGCAGGUGUAUUACUGCUAUGAUGACACCCCAAGCAGGAAGGGUUUCCUGGUCAGGCACCAGCUGCUGGCCAGUGCAGACCCCUCGGUGAGGCUGGGCUCUCACAUCCCCUACUGGAAGAUGUGGUUGAUGAUACAAGUGCACAGGAUCCUCAGGGCCAUCCUGUCCCCGUUCUGGAGGCCACAGCCUUUCCUCAACGUGCCCCUGCUGAACACCAUAGUCACCACCUUCUCCUUCGAGACAGACAAGGCCUCCAGGCAUUUUGGGUACAAACCCCUGUUCACGUGGCAGGAGAGCAGGCUCAGGACUGCACAGUGGCUGAAAGCAGCUGCAGGGAGCCUGGGACACCCCCAGCUGCAGGAAAAGAAGAACUGAACAGCACUUUUGGGGGAAGGGAUCUUCACAAUCUACAUGGACCUUUGGCAGGAGCUUUGCAAACACAGAAAUUCUGGUACAGAAGCAGAGAGGAAGAAAAACUCACAGGCUGCAAGCUGUGACAUCCUUGCCAUGCCAAAAUCUCAGCUGUUUUGUGUCCCAUUGGCAUUUGAAACCUUCCCUGCACACACACAGGACUUGCUGGCCUCCCUCACUGCCAUGGUGCCACCACUGCACAGUGACUUGUGGGAACAAGAGAGAACAAGCUCAGCUGGGAGAUGGUGCCCAAAAAACACCUUUGUGGUAAAAUCAGUGAACCAGUUUUGUUCCAUAGCCUGGGAGCCAUGGUCUUGGACAUUUGGUGAGGUGGCUGUACCUGGCUCAGGCACUGAAGGGAUAUUCAGUGAUUGUUUUGGGGGGGACAAGUAAA